AAACAAUUAUCCAUCUCUCGUCGUUAGUGGCUGUGGCAGCCACACCCACCUUAUCCGCAAUCUCUUCUUUCUCUUAAAUAAAGCUACCCUCGUUUUCUUCUCUCUUCUUGAGUCGCUCCACUUCUGUUGCAUCCUACAAACAUAUUCCCAGUAAAAGGAAUGGCUACAGCAGCGGCACCGGCGGUGGUUGCAUGGACGAGAACGGGAAUCGUGUUCAAAUCCGGACAGGCACAGAGGAAAUCGGAGAUGAAAGUUUCUUUCAUAACAGGACUAAAUUCAUAUGGUGGUCUCAAGGCACAGAACAACAAGGUUGUGUCUAUGGGACUACCACUCUGCACUGAACAGUGCUUUGCUAAUGUCGUGAUGUCUCUCAAAGGGCGAACAAAUGGUGGAGGGGCCUUAACCUCAACUUGUAACGCAGUCGGAGAGAUUUUCAAGAUUGCAGCAAUCAUGAACGCUCUUACUCUUGUUGGCGUUGCAGUUGGAUUCGUUCUCCUUCGAAUCGAAGCUUCUGUUGAGGAAGCUGAGUAAAUAGAUUGAAUCCUUUUCUUAUAUUAUAUAUUUUUGUUAUUGUUGUUGUCAAGCUUCAGUAAACCUGGAUGCAUAUGUGACAUUUGUUUAUGAAGCUCUUUUAUUCUUAGAAUCCUCACUGAUCAAACGGUACUUUUUAUGUUUGCAUUGCCAAACAAACGCAAACACCUGCUUUUCGAGCAAUCCUCUGUUUUGAGAGAUUGGAGGAAAAUCUACAAUCUUUAGAUCAUAUUAGAUUGAUUGAAGCUUGUUAAUUGUUAUUCGGCUUAAGCAAGAUGUAAAUCAGAGCACGAGGCUGUCCUCAUAUUUCUUGCAUCUUGUUUUGCGAAUUAACAAUACACGGUUCGGACGUCCUUGUUCGAUGAGCUGUUGAGUGCAGCGGUGAUUUUCUCGGUGACGUCUUUUGUUUUAUUUGUCUUUUAUCGUAUGAAAGGCUACUUAGAAGGUAAAGGGAUCACUUCUUGAUCCUGUUACUCGUUGAGUCGAUUUUUUACCUGUUUAUUGUUGUUUAAGAAGAUAUUAAACUAACAAGUGUGGGAAAUGGCUCCUAUAUGUCUUGUUACUUCUCAAGAGUUACCCCCAAAUUCCCUCCAUCAGCUGCUCACUUUAAUCCCCAAAAUCCUUAAUCUCCCCCGUCGGGUUUAACCUAUUCUCCGCUGUCCCCCUAGAUCCUAUGGAACCUUUGGACAGUAAAGAUCAAGCGGAUAUUCGAGGAUCAAAUCUAUUCAGCUGAAGAAACUAUUUCUAAAGUUGUUAGGGAUGGAAAAGAGUGGGAAGCAGCAAAGAUUAAACCUGCUUUAUUAGAUCCUCCUGGACAAUUACUCUUGCGGGCUGUUGUUUCUUCUUUGCCGACGUGCUCGGUUGAUGGGGCAUGGAAUCCAGCUAAUCAAUAUGCUGGAUUUGGUUUGUUUUUCAGAAUAAGCAAGCUAAAUUGGAGAUAAAAGGAGCUGCAGCUCAUGAUUUUGUGGGAUCUGCACUUAUAGUUGAAGUUCUGGCCGUCCGUGAAGCGCUAAAGGUAGCAAUCAGCAACGGUCUCCAUCAUAUCAAGGUUCUAUCGGACUCAAGUGUCCUCAUCUCUGCCAUGCGAUCAGGGACAGUUCUGAACGAGAUAGCGGGACUUCUCCAUGAAAUUAGUCACCUCAUUCCUCUCUUCUCAACCUUAUCUUUUGAUGUAAUUCCUAAAUCAGCAAACUUUGUAGCUGAUUCUUUAGCUAAAAACACUCUUGUGGCUUUUAGCCUACAAAACUCUGUUUAAUUAUUAAUGAAGUAAGCUGUUGACC